CGACCGGCGAGGCGCGUCUCGUGACCCGAACCGCCGGGAAGUCACGUUUCGAUCACGAUAAUAUUUCGGCGGGCUUCUCCGCCUUCUAAGUGCUCCCAAGUUCAUGGCCGAACAGGUGCUACCGACCUCGUCGCUUGGCCGCCAAAGUAUUUACAUCGCCGCUGUCACAUUUCCGUUGAAUCGUGCCCGCGCCCCGUCUUCUAAUGGAAGCAACGUGCGUCGAAUUAGAAACCGGGAAUUCUGUAAUCGUUCGCAGCCGUACGGACACUGUGUGUAGCCUGUGCCGAGAUUUGAUUUCUCAGUCGGGUGCACUCGCACAAGAGGCGGUUUUGUCCGCCCGAGACGGCGCGCGCGGUCCACGGCCGGCACAAUGUCUCCCCGAUUCGCGGGCAAAACUUCUCUUCUCGCUCCCUUUCAAUGAACUCGCCCGCGCGCGUUCUUUCUCCUUCUCUCUGGUUCUCUUUCGCUCCUCUCUUCCCCAGCUCGACUCUUCUCUCCGGUUCUGCUGGCUGGCAUCGGCGCUCAUUGUCUCUCAUUCAGUCGCCCCCGUCGCGUUCGCGAGCUUUCCACUCUCGGUGCACGCUCGCCCCGUGCUUUUCACCAUCGCCGCGUGUCAGACUUCUCCUUCACCCGGCUGUACCGUUAGCGGCAAAAUUCGGCUUUGUCCCGGGAAGAAAGAACAGCCCCCGCGAGGGCCUUCCAACGAGGCCUCCCCCAUCGACAGACAGCGUUACAGGUGCGCGGAGGACUGGGAAAGUAGCUCGAGGUAAACUAAAGCGACCUAAGAAGAAGAAGAUCGGUGCGUUGAAGGUCGACAGAGGGUGGUGCCGUUGGUCUUCGGAAUUGGCAUUUGCAAAUGGGCGAGCAACUGUUAUCCUUCGGGGACGCGUAAUCGGCGGAACCGAGAGCGAACGGAGAUAUUCGGCGUCGAGAGCGGACGGGAGAGAAAAGAAGGUGGUCGGGAGAGAAGCCGAUCCUCGGAAUCAGUGAUCGAAAUCACGAUCGAGAAAGGAUCCAGCGGAUGCCCAGGCAUCUGCCGAGCGACGCCGACGAAGCGGUGGCGAGGUGAAAGGCAGAGGCAGUCGGCGAAGUACGUGCGAUGCGAGCGUUGUCCGCUCGUACGUGAAUCCGCGGUACACACGUGACAUUUUUACGAUGCCACGCUGACAAGGUUCGGGGGAUCAGCCGUGUGACGAUCGUUAGCCGUGUGUGUCCCAAGCACGAUCUUCGCUGGUAUUUAAGAGAGAUUUCUACCGCUCCGAGCUGCUCUGCUGCUGCUUGUUGCUGCACUCGCUCGCCACUCUGCACCUCGCGCAACGCGGUUAUAUUUAACCGGUCAAAAUCCGAAGCGACCCCAUGAAGCCGGUUGAGGAAGGGUCGCAAGCCGAACCGAAGAUCCACGAGGUGUAAAAAGAGCCGGAAUCCUGAGUGAAUCCGUGGGAAGGAAGCGGCUCUGGGUGCCGAUCGUAUCUCGAAGCCAGGCGACCGAGACCGAAGAACGUAACCAUCCCCAACUGCGCGGCAAGCUGAAGUGUUAAGGAUCGGCUGCUGGCGCUCGAGGCCAACGAACCCGGAGUGAAAAGGUUCUUAACGAGGUGUCCAAGACGAAACGACGUCGGUCGAGCCUGGACCGGACGUCCUCGAAUCUCGUACGCCUCGAGUCGAUUCGAUCGGAGCGGACAGCCUGUCGACGUCCUUCCCAUUGUCCUUGGUCCUCGGCGAAGGGGGACCGAUCGGCCCUAGUGGUGUCCUGGGGCCGCAGAUGGGAGCUGGUCUGCCGCAGCCCGACAGGGUGGUCAACCCCGGAAAACGACACCAGCCGAACGGACUUCUUCCGCUCGAGGCGAUUAUUGCUGACGCUGCCCCCCUCUGCCGACGACAACACACGCCGCCAGGCUUCUCCCUCCCGUUUCGGCCGCGUAAACCCGAUCAAGCUGGAAUUGAUGGAGUUGGAGAACAUCGUGGCGAACACUGUGUACCUGAAAGCGAGAGAAGGGGGUGGUGACAGCAACAAGGGUAAGAGCAAAAAAUGGCGGAAGAUACUUCAGUUCCCCCACAUCUCCCAGUGCAUCGGCCUAAAAGAUAAGUUGGACAUUAGGUACAGCUAUGUCGUGGACCAGCAGCCGAUCGGCCGCCUGUUGUUCAGGCAGUUCUGCCAGGACAAGAAGCCGGCCUACCAUCGGUACAAUCUCUUUCUGGACGCGAUCGAGAAGUACGAGAUCGAGAUGGACGAGAAUCGCACCGAGCUGGCGAAGGACCUGUUUGAGCAGUACCUGAAGAGAGAGGGCUCGGAGGUCGUCGACAUCCUGAACGACUCGUUGAUAGCUCAGUGCGAGGAAAGACUCGGCACCGGUGGGAAGGAGCUCUUUGUCGAGAUCGCACAGACCGUGAAGAACUUCCUGGCGGGAGAGCCUUUUUCAGCUUUCCAAACUAGCUUCUAUUUCUAUAGGUAUCUUCAAUGGAAAUGGCUGGAGGCGCAACCGGUGACGUACAAGACCUUCCGGAUGUACAGGGUGCUGGGGAAGGGUGGUUUCGGCGAGGUGUGCGCGUGCCAGGUGCGGGCUACGGGCAAGAUGUACGCUUGCAAGAAGCUGGAGAAGAAGCGAAUCAAGAAACGGAAGGGCGAGGCGAUGGUCCUGAUCGAGAAGAACAUCCUGCAGAAGAUCAACUCGAAGUUCGUUGUCUCGCUGGCGUACGCUUACGAGACGAAGGACGCUCUGUGCCUGGUGCUGACGAUCAUGAACGGCGGCGACCUAAAGUUCCACAUUUACAACAUGGGCGGUGAGCCGGGUUUCGAUAUAAACCGUGCCAGGUUUUACGCGGCGGAAGUAGUCUGCGGUCUGGAGCACCUGCACCUGCAGGGGAUCGUCUACAGGGACUGCAAGCCGGAGAACAUACUGCUGGACGAUCACGGGCACGUCAGGAUCUCGGACCUCGGUCUCGCGGUCGAGAUCACCGAGGAAGACAUGGUGAGGGGCCGGGUCGGCACGGUAGGCUACAUGGCGCCGGAAGUGAUCGACAAUGAGAAGUACACCUUUUCGCCAGAUUGGUUCAGCUUCGGUUGUCUUUUGUACGAGAUGAUAGAAGGCCAGGCGCCGUUCCGCGCCCGGAAGGAGAAAGUCAAGAGGGAGGAGGUCGAUCGGAGAGUGAAGGAGGAUCAGGAAAGGUACUCGCCGAAGUUCACCGAGGAGGCGAAGAGCCUGUGCCAGCAACUGUUGAAGAAGAGCCCGAAGAACAGGCUCGGCUGCAAGUGCGGCAGACACGGCGCCAAGGAAGUCAAGCUUCACAGCUUCUUCCAGUGCUUGAACUGGAAGAGGGUCGAGGCCGGUAUGUGGGAACCGCCGUUUGUCCCGGAUCCGCAUGCGGUAUACGCCAAGGACGUGCUGGACAUUGAGCAGUUCUCGACGGUGAAAGGUGUCAAUUUGGACGCGACGGACGACACGUUCUACAGCAAAUUCAACACCGGCAGCGUGUCCAUCCCCUGGCAGAACGAAAUGAUAGAGACUGAGUGUUUUAAGGAGCUAAACGUGCUAGGUCCUAACAACACGCCAACUCCCGACCUGCUGAUCAAUCAUCCGCCGCCUAACAACGAGAACAGAGGCUGUUUCCCGUUCAGGAGACAGAAAAAGCAGAGCGCCCGCACAAGACAGAUCCCUCUUUCAGAGUGCCAUUUGCUGGAGCUGUCCCAGAGCCAGAACUCGGAGUUACCAGCCAGCUGAUCCAAGAUGAACACGAAUAGCCUGAAUCAACCGACGCCGUCGUCGUUGCGACGUCGCCGCUGUGGACGACGUCGACGGGCGCUGAGAUGCUGCCCCAAGCUGCUUUGAACAGGAAACAGCUCCGUGGUGUCAGUCUCCAACGCGGAUGCCGCGUGUUCGCGCUCGGUCCAUGGAGAAAUGGCUGCGACCGCGCCACUGUGUAGUUCACUAUUCACGAUGCCAUCCCCCCCUGGCAAUCGCAAUGGGGAUGGGUCUGGUACCGCAGCCCCUAAUCCUGAGCCCCUAUAGCUCUAGCCUCGAGUCUGAGCUCUAGGCUGCAGAUCGUCUUCGCCUUGACCAGACUGGGUCCACGAUCCGAAAUUUCAUCGCUCGGAUGUUUUGUCAUAGUUGUACCGGUUGUUUGGGACUCUCUUCCCGCCGAACCAAUACAAAUCCACUUCACUCAGUAUUAGUAACUGACCGCCAUCACGAACUCGGCGCUCUGACACCCUCAGCGUGGAUGUUGGCGUCCCAGGAGCACUCCCACGUGACGACGUAAUCAAUUCAAGGAAAAACCACAGUGAUGUGGCAUCCUGUUUUGCGGUAGGUCGAUGGAUUACGGGACCGCGAAGUGACGAACGCUUCGAGGAACUUGCGUUGCUACUUUUCUUGAAAUGCCCGACACAUUUAAACUUCUCCAAUCCUCAUAGUACCUUUCUGACACGUGUCUUUGUCCAACGACCUCCGUAAAAUUAGGGCACCUAUCACAUCUUAGUCGGUCUGCAACCGCAAAGAGUUCAGUACACAUUGAAGAGGCGCCGAUGCCAUCGACACAGCUAAACUUUCCUCAGGUUUCUCAAGGCAGACAGCGAUUCGUGGGUUCGCGAGGAUCGGUCAAUCGUGCAGGUCGCUCAUUGGCAACAGAAAUAGUAAGGCGUCUUUAUUCUUUCUUUUUGUUUCUUUUUUCAUACAUCGACCUUUUUCGAAAGGAUCGGUUGUUGAUCGUGCCAUUUCUGUUGCCCGGAAGCUACUAUCUGCAACCGUGCAUGUGGCGUCACAUCGAAGCGUAAUUUGUCACGAAUUAAGGUGGACAUAAUGUGCAUGCGCGUGUGCACAGUGCGUUGAAUAUAUGAACACGUUGUAAAAUGUAUUUUAGGUUUAGGGGUCUGUUGAUCGGCCUCGACAAACGUAGCGCCUCUGGCCCUCAUUUUGAUACAAGAGACAUAUCUUUGAUAGCCUACUCUUUUUUAUUAUGCUACUUUUUGCAAGCUUCGUUUAAUACGUGUUCAUAUAUUUAAGUACACUGAUAAAGAAUAUUGGCCAGCGAUCACGGGAUUGUGUUGGAUCAUGGCCUAUGAAUGGAUCACAGCGUUUACAUGUUGGCUUGUCUGCAAUGUUUGGUCCACUAAACACUGAUCGUAGUGUCUGAAGUUACCACUGAUGUCUGACAAAGUUCCUAACUAGUCUCUUCACUUCAAAUUCUCCGGCGUUUUUUGAGUAACAACUAUUUGGAACUUGAUACCUAAAUAUUAUUAACAAUGAACACCAUGAAGAGCAGCAGCCAAUCGGAGAAUAAAUGUCGCCUAACGUAAUCUAAACUGCAGCAAGCUAACUUCAGGCCUUGAAGAUCCAACAUCCCCCUACUUGUUGAACGUUUGCCACAUGUAUUUCAACAUGUGUACUUAGCGCAAUCAGUGCACACGAUGACACUAAAAGAGAGUGCACUCGUGAAGAUUACAUCACCGUGAGAAUUACAUUGAAAACGAUGAAUAUUAUUGCUAAAACGUUUGUAAUACAUUCCAAGCUGAGCUUGGGACAAGUCAGAGUCGCUCGAAACAAUUAAAGGAUCGCCUAUUCAGAAUAAUCGAAGAAUAUCGCAUGGAUAUUUAAUGAUUACCGUAACGGAUCGGUGUAUUUCUUUAUAUACAAGGUAUUCUCAGAAGUAGGACCGUUGAAUUAAGGUAUAGAGUCCUUUUUAUAGUAUUCUUUAAUUGUUUCGAAUGCUUUCGAGAUCAUCGUCUGCCUAAUUUUUCGAAGGUCCUACAGUUAGCCUAGAGAAUUCUGCAUUUCGGUGAUACGUUCGCUUUUCGACAGAUCGUUGUUUUGCGCCUGGUGUACAUAAUUUUCUCAGUUGAAUUAAGUUCGAUUAAUUUUAAAACGACGCGAAACCCGUCCUGAGAUACGCACAAGAAGAUUAGCGAUUCCUUUGUCUCUCUCUCUCUCACUCUCUCACUCCCUAUCUAUCUUUUUCUCUCUUCGAGUAAUUCAGAUCGCGGCUGUGAAUUGAUCGUGAUCGAUCAAGGGUCGCGAUCGUUGCGCACGAGACUCAUUAGAGAAAAGAUGAAUCGCACGGAUGACGAAGCGUACAAGAACAGGCACAUAUACUUGAGAAUAUAUUUAUACAAAGGCCAAGAGAAACGCAACGCUUGUAGAUGGAACUGACUUUUAUUUCUGUCGAGAGAAUUGAUAAUUAAGGGGAACCAGAGCAAACAGUUUGACCCGAAGCUUCUGUCACACUGUUGGCCCGUCGUUUUCGCAAAUUAAAAAGAAAAAAGGGGGGCAUUUGUAUUAUAUGUCACUAUACCGAGGCAAGUCUUAUCGUAUGUUAUGAAUCGACCGACGAACGAACAAAGAGCAUACAAAUUUUUGUACAAAUGAUUUUUCACUGUACAGCGCACGAAUUCAAUUCGAUAGGUUGAUUUUUAAUUAGUGACGAGCCUUUCUACAGUUUUUUACUGUUAGUAAUGUGUUAGUUAAAGGUGGGUCCGUUCGCCAGUCCAUUCGAUAGUAAUAUUUAUGUACCAUUGCGUAUUUAAAACAAAAAAAGAGAGAAAAAAGGCGUACACGAGUAAGAGCGGUAACGAUCUAGUAAUUUAAUCGUAUUAUUAAUUAAUCCACGAAUUACGGUGCGACCUCCUAUCGAUUAAUCGCGGUAUUAUAUCUUAUCAUUCGCCGUGGCUCCGCCAGCGGACGUUGGAUCGCGCCGGGAUCGAUGAAUCCCUGGAUCGCGGGAACGUUCGUCGGUCGAAUCCGGAAUUUUUUCAAUCGCUCAUGAUACACCGUGUCACUCGUACAAAUUGCGGUAUAUAGUUCUCAUCGAACGAUCAUCGAACGCGACCUCUAGAACGUAACCGAUACCGAUUUCUAAAAUUCUUCGAAACCGUCAGGCGGUUCAUAAAUAUUCGUCUUCUGGAUCACAAAAUUCGUCCAUGAAUCGCUUUUUCGCGAUUGGAAUCGAGAGAAAGGAUAUUAUAUAUAAUAAUAUAUUAUAUUAUAUAUAUAUAAGCCUAAGCGUGGAGCACUUCCGGUUGCGAGGAACGGUCCUUAUAAGUACAUAACGACGCCGACAAAAUCAAAAUCACGCGUAGUCCUGUGUCAUUUUAAACGAAUGAUUGCAUUCGUUCCAAAUGAAAUUCUAAGCACGUUGUUAUCUUAUUAAACAUCGUAUAUUUAUUAACCCUCGAGCGAUCUCUCAAGCCGAUCAGUUUAUUUGAUUCUCUUCAAAUGCUAAAUACUUAAAUUCAGAAAAAUUCUGCGAAUUAAUACAGGGUUUUCUUUUACGUAUAUUAUGUGCCCGUAGCUUCUCCUCGACAACCAGAAGUGCUCCGUGGUCCGAGAACCGGAAACGAAGGGUAUCGGGUUAUCGUGCGUGCGGUUUCUCGAGUCGUCGAACUUGGUUUCGAACGUAGUGACGUAAUUUUGCAUUACUCCGUAUUUCGUAAGGCUAGCGUUAAAACAGUGAAUCAUUAUCGGGAGAAGAAGAUGUGUCGCGAGGACUGAGGUAGUUUGAUCUUUCGUUGCGCCACGCCGCCAUGUUGCCGGCCCGAAUACUUCCGACUUACAUAAAGAAUCUCUCGCAGGACGAUCGUGCAACUUUCGGGUCAUUAAUUUUUCACACUAUUCGCUAAAAACAAUUUUUCCACUCUCUGUGUAAAUCUUCCACGGGACCGUUCUCUUUGAGAAAGAAAUAUUGAACUGUGUUAUAUUAUUGUCCCAAUUAACUUCUAACUUUAUAUUCAAGAUGUUUCUACAUUUCGUAGAAAUCUCAGAAAAUUACUCGUAAUGGUCCUGGCGGUAUCUUUUUCUAAACAAUUUGUUAUUUUUCUUUUUAUAAAGAAAUAAAGGAUAAUGACCCCCGAGUGCUGCACGUCGAGCUUGUCAGUGCUUUCAACUGUGAUUAUUUCCGAUGUCCUCCAAAACCGUGUAUUAAUUUAUUAACGUCUCAAGCGAGCUGUCUGUUGGCGAUCGUGCCCCGACGAGGAAAGACGACGAAUGCUCGCGCGUGUCUUUUGCUCAAAAGAGAAACACAGAAGAGAUAACGGAACUCGUUUUGUAUACCCUAUAAUAAGUACCUCGAAUCCUGGUGGACAGAUGUCCUGUGGUAUAUCUCGUUUUAGCCAUCGUCGGAUACGUAGUUUCCUUCGUAGCGUUCGUUUUCUGAAUCUCCUCGGAGAGGGAGACGAAGAAAACGUGUCUUCGUCCGUUCGCCAGUCUCCUUUUACCUUCUCUCUCUCCUUCCUUUUUCUACAUUGUAAAUUACAUACUCUUAAGGGAUUUAACGUUGUUUCUGUGCGUGUCCUCUUCUCGUUCGCUUUGCUUUUCUUUCCUUGUCUUUUCUUUUCUUUUUUUAAACGUCGUCUCGAGCGAUACCGGGAACGAAUGUUUGUUUUUAGCGGACAAGGAUGAAGCGACGACGCGAAUAACAGCAAAGAAAACGAAAGAAAGAAAGAAAUCAUUCCAGUUGUUUGUGUCCUUUUUUCUCGUGCAAGCGUCCGAGUGUGUAACUGUUUUUAUCUUUCCUUUUAAGUGCAAUGUUGAGGGAGUGUGCUUGUGGGUGGCCAUCUUGGGGGGCAUUCUAUGGUAAACUAAUUGCACCGAAAUAACUGCGGGAUCGUCGGUCUCCGAGCAUUCUUUCACAUGCAUUUCCUUGGAUAAUAAUCGUCGCUGAACAUUUUAUUAUUUUUAUAAAGAAUACCGUGAACUUCGGCCUGAAACAAUUUCCAAUCAAACGUUGAGAUACUGAAGAAAAAGUCCAAGGUUCUGAAGAGAAAUUUUACGAUGAAAAGAUCAUAAUAAAUGAUUCCAUUUUACCUAUUCCCGUGCAAUUAUUUUAACUAUCAAUUGUACGAGGAGCCUUCGAGAUAGAGGUAUCUCUCUGUUUCGGAAGGAUCCCCGACAGUUUCUAAGCGUUAGGCGGAGAGUCAAGCGUAAGCACGUAAACGUUCUGUUUUGUACAUACAAUCAUAAAUAGUAACAAUAUUAGCGGUAAACUAGCAACGCGAAAACAGGAAGCCGAGAUUAGGCGUAGAAUGCGUAUUUGUAUAGGUGCAAAGAAGGAAAAUGUACGGUCGCGUCCCGGAACCAUGGGAAACACCUCGGUGACCGGAACGUGCCGGGCGUGAGAUUAUCAAUGUAUUUAUAUUACACACUUUCUUCCACAAAACACUUCUUUUUAACCGUGAAAGACUAUCGAAAGCCAGGUGUCGACGUAUAGACGCAUUUAAGGACGCCGUGGAGGAAAAAGCCACGGGCGCGAGCGAAGUGGGAGCGAAAUAGUAUUUGAAAUAAAAACUUCGAAAUUCCAUUUUGUAAAACGAUGCUUGAAGUUUCGCUCGUCUCUUUUCCUCUCGUUUGAUUCUCGUAGAAUGUAAAUUUUCACGUCUCGUUUGAACAAGUACAAUUUGUAAUUUGUAUUCGAAUUCUAAGAACGAUCGAAUUCGUUUACGUUAAUUCGUCGAGCUUUUCUUUUUUUUUUUAUUACAAAUGCUAUUUGCACCUGGGAUGUGCAAUCCCCGUUGGAUCGAGGCCAGUUCAAACCUUAAGUUUCAUAGGUCGCGCGAUUAUUUACGAUUCGAUAUAUAUUUCCCGAUCGAACGUGGAAAGAGAGAUCGUCGGUUGCGAAAAAGUAAACACACUUUGAAUCUCGAGAACUAAGUUCGAUAUUUUCUAUUUACGUAUUUUGUAUAAGAGGACGAAACGAAGCAACGGCACUAAACGCGGAACGAAGCUUUUCACGCGUGAGAAAAAUCGUCGCCUAAAUAGAUUUAGUUUGAACGAGUUGGUCGAUUUUGAUUGUAUCCUAAGGGCGAAAUUUCGGAGACAUUUUUUUUUUAUAUCGAAUUUACAAAACUUUUUUAAACUGCCAUACGUUGUUUGAAAGGCCUACGUCUCUCUCUUUUCAAACUCGACGCAUAGCUAAAAAGUAUUAAAAGCGAGAUCGUCCUCGAAAAUUUGUUUAUAAAUUUAUAUAUAUAUAUAUAUACAUAUAUAAUAUACAUAUACAUAUGUAUAGACGUUUCCUUUCUUCCUCGUUUCUUCUUCCUUACGAUCGACUAAGGAAACGCAGAAAUCUUUUGUUCCUGAUGCGCCGACGAAACCAAAUGAAACUUCUUUUCUUUUAUAAUCUCUGUAUGUUGUACAACUAUUGUGGACAAAGUUAUAAAUAUUAUAAGUAUAUAUAUGUAUAUAUUGUGUAUAAGUUAUAAAUAUGUAAGCCUUGUGUAUUUAUAACUUAUAUGUUUAUACAUACAAAUAUAGACGCCUAUAUAACCAACCUCACAUUGUUUAUUACCUCGUGAUUCUUAUUCAAAUCAAACAUAAUAAUUUAGCUCUUUAAUUAUUCAUAUUGACCAUUUGGAACAUUUGCAAAAUAUAUGACUAAUAAAUAUUUCGAUUUUGAAAUUGGCGCCAUUUCUAACUACCUCAGAAUAGCGCCAUUAGUCGUAGUGGCAAACGCUUGAAAUUGACCGACAGAACAAUUUGAAACUGUCAGCGCCUCUUGCGGCAAAAUCUUGAAACUUCAUUCAAAAGUCCAUACAGCGCCAAUUAUUGCAGUGGCAAAACGCCUCAAACGGUAGCCAAAAUCGACUAUCGCUAAUUUGGCGAACAGUUUGAGCGUUUUGCCACUACGCUCAAUGGCGCUAUUUGGAGGCAAUUGGUAAAGACUUAAUUAUUUUGCAAAUACAGUAAUCUUUCAAUUCAAGAACCAUAUCUGGGGGCAACGAGGUUCUCGAAUUAAGGGAAUGCUGCGAAUUGCUGUGCUCCGAUUGGCUGACGAUUCACAGUUGAACACUGCAGCCCUCUCAUAGUCAAUAGCAAAGAGAUGAAAUAGCGAGUGAGCAAUAGUACAACUACAUGAGAAACGAGUCGCACCGACAACCAAUCUAGUUUGUUUCACAUCACCGUACACCUGGCGCUUUAUCAGAAAUACACGGCGCGAUAUUCGACUUGUACUUUUCUCCUCGUAGGAUUUUGACCACACUUGCUAGCGAAUUUGCGAACGAUGCUCAAUGCAUAUUGAGUUAUAAUACCGGUUUCGUUCUGUCUUCCUUUCAUUAUUAUAAAAUGAUUGUAAAAUAGAAUAAGAGCUGUAAUGUAUAAAAAUAAAAAUACUAUAAAACUCA